GGAUGGAUACACAUCGAUGGCAAAGGAGGUCCACGGCCCAGACUUUGAUCCGAGCGAGCAUGAUCUUGAUGGGGAAGUGGUUAUGAGGGCGGGAGGAGGCAAGAAACAUGGCCGGUUCUGGAUUGGCGACGGCAGACUCGAUACGGCCACCACUCCCUCUCUCUCUCAGCUUAGAGCUCAGAGCACGAGCUCAGGUCCGGGUAUACGCCCUCGCCCAGAGCCUACACGGAUUGCGAUGAACGAAAUCCAGGCCCAGCUGGAUGAAGAAAGGAGGCUCCGGCACGAAUUAGAGAGAUCGUUCGAGGAGAGGAUGGCGGCAGAACGAUCCCAGUGGUACGCGAUGAUGACGCCCCUUUAUGCUGCCUGCAAUGGGCCAAACUCCACCACCGAUGCCAACCCCUUCUCGUCCACUUGCUCCACAGGCUCCACACACUCCUUAUCCAUCAGAGGGAUCGAAUACGCCUGGAGCUGGAGGUUCGCACUUUGGUACUCCAUCUCACUUUGCUGGUCCAUCAAUUGCUUCUGUUGUGAUCAAUGA